CCACCAUCCAUCCUCGGUCUUCGCGGGCGCACAUCCCCCGCAUCUGUGCGCACAGAUACGUCAACUGACGGCGUCAGAAGCAGCUCGGGCACGCAAUACACGCACAGCGGGGGUCACAGGAUCCGCCCGUACGCACACGGUCUCUCGGGCGCAGUUCACCCAUCCUCGCUGCCGUUCCCGCGACGAAGCUUAUCUUGCCUUGCGUCCGCAUUGAGUGACGGCCUAACGGCGCAGAAUCUCCUCGCCUCUUACCACCGCUCGCCCGGCGACGACUGCUACGGUAGCCCCAACGACUUCACUCUGCUCAGGAGGACCAGGAGACCAUGGCGCGCGGCCUUUCCACACUUCUCUCGAGCACCGACCCGUGCACGGUGGCGCCGACAAACGCUACCAUAGGCCAUGUGCAACUGCGCGACGUCCUCAUAUGCCCACAUGACAAAGGCAUCGUCAGCUACGCCUGCGGCUACUCUGUUGUCGAACACGACAUCUUGAACCCUCACUCGGUGCGUAGUCACCGCGACGCUGCGCCGCCGUUCGCUCACGAGGCGGCACAGACCCCGCGGCGGCUCGUCGACCUCACGUUCACUCCCAACACCAUCUCAGCACUGAUCCUUCCCGAAUCCAAUGACACCCUCCUUGCGGCAGGCGGCCAGGAGGCCGAGCUGCAUCUGUCUUACUACCAAUCCUCCGACUCGUACUCGCCCUCCUCUUCAACUCGCCCGGGGCGCAGUGCCCCGCGAGGCUUCGGGCGUAGGCUGUGGGAUAGCAAGUAUUUGCUCGAGCACGCAUCGAUCAACAACUCGGUGAUGCUCACCUCAAUGAGCUUCUCGCGCUCGAACGAGAGCGCGGUGGAGCCCCGCAUCCUGGUCAGCAACAACGACCGCACCGUCAAGUUCUACGACAUCGCGAUGCGGAACGGCAAGGCUACCGACGACUACGAGCCACGCCUCCUCGACAUCGGGCGGCUCGACCUGCCCGUGCCUGUCAACCAUUCCUCGGUGUCGCCCGAUGGGCGAACCUUGUUGUGUGUCGGGGACUCGCCGGACGUGUACCUCCACAGAAUCACGGGCGGAUCCCGGAUCUCGUUCGCACCCAUCGCGACGCUCUCGCUGUCGUCGUACAUCCAGCAAUCGCACAGUAGCGCGUUCGCGCCUGUGUCUUCUGUGCCCGCCUCGUUCUCGACGUCGUUCUCCGCGGAUGGCUCGAAGUUCGCGGUCGCCUCGCAAGAGGGCGUGGUGGUGGUAUGGGACGUACGGAGCACCAAGCCGCUCAAGGUUUUCCACACAGACAAGAGUCGCGCGCCAAUCCCCGGGCGGGUGGCGACAGGGGCGGCGAGUGGGUGGCUGUACGACCUGCCAUGGGACUGGUCGCGCGGCGGUACGCGCGCGCCAGGCUGGGGUGUGCGAAGCGUCAAGUUCAGCCCGCCAGGCGUGGGCCGCGAAGUCAUGACGUUCAGCGAGCACACAUCACUAUUGCAUGUCGUGGAUGCACGCACAUUCGAGACGGAGGAGAUAGUCCGCAUGCCGAAUUUCGACUCCCCGGCGUACUACCCCUCAGUACCUGCGCGUCCGCGUUCGACGUCCCCGGUGUCGCGGGCAUUAAUGCGCGCCUCCACGCCCUCGGAGCCGCUACCCUCCGACUCACGCCGAAUGGUGCUGUUCAACGCCCUAGAGGACACUUUCCGGAUACCGACGUCGGACAGCAGCACGACGAGCGGGUGGCGCGUUUCACGACGUAUACGCCGACUACGCAGUCGCGACGAUCUUCCCACCGAAGACGACCAGGACAGCAUCGUCGUCAUUCCCCCAUUGGGCGACCGUGACGUUGACAGCAAUGUGCGGCGUCUCCUCGGGAGGCGGCACAGCUCCCGCACUGCGCUCAUCGAUGCCGAAGCAGAUCCUCGCGAACCUCUGGACGAUGGGGGCGACGGUGCACGGGAGGGCGAGGAGAUGGAUGUGGACGAGCUCGAGAGCGACUGCUUCUCGUCGCGUGCACCAUCCCGCUCCGGUUCACCCGCGCCAGCAUCACAAAUGUCGCUUCAGUCCUCUCCACGCCCCCUAGAACUCCUCCGCUCUCGACCGACACUUCUCGCGCGCCGUGAGAGCAGCGGACCGUACGCCUCGGGCGCCCGCUGGAGCCCCGGUUCUGCGUCAGGCUCGAGGCGGCACCGUCGCGCCCCUGGACAGGCACGGGAGCCUGGCCGCGGCGAGGAGAGCCCGGACGAGGAGCUCGACCUGGCGGGAAUGUGCUUCGACCCGAGCGGCACCUUCAUCUACGGCGCGAGCGUCAAAGGCAUCGCAGAAUGGCGGGUGCGCGGCGCGGAGCAGCGGUGGUGGUCCGAGCCCCAAUGGGCGUAGGUGGCUCGCCAUCCUUCCCGCGAACUUCCUAUACACAUCCAGCCUUUCCCGCCCUUCUCUCACGCGCUUUGCUUUGAUACCUGUCCACUCUCGCUUUCCUGUUUCCUUGCCCAUUCAUGACCUACACGACCUUCCUGCACGAUACUUAUUGCUCUUCUGUGGAUCGCAUCAGGACUGCGUCUCUGUAUAUUUUCCCCAUGUAACACUACGCGCUGUGUACAUGUAGCUUCGUACAGCUUGCUCUCGCCCCGCCCCUGCCUGUGUCUCAUAGUGCUUGCUUCUCGCAGACGGCGUGGCCCGAGCAUGUACCACUACGUUAUCUCCUGGAAUGGAACUGCGAUGUAUCACCG